AUGGCACGGAAGAAGAAUGACAUCUCGUCACAGAAGCGUCGGCUUACUGGCAGCCGCUUGGGCAGCAAUACGAAGAGACAACGCCAGGAUAUACAGAAGAAGACACUCACCCAAGUUUAUGCACCUGAUGAUGCCGUAUUAGUACUGGGGGACGGCGAUUUCUCCUUUUCUCGUGGUCUCAUCAAACACCGCGGCACUGGCCGUGGAGUGCUCGCGACGUCUCUUGACUCGGAGAAUGAGGUCCGCAGGAAAUAUCCAAACGCUCAGGAGUGCAUUGCAGCUGUGCAAUCUGCGCACGGUCUUGUGUUGCACGAUGUGGACGCUACGAAGCUGCUUGAGUUGCCUCGACACUUGAAGAUUGGCACGGGCAUGAAGACAGUCCCAGACUUUUUCCAGUACAUUAUCUUCAAUUUCCCACACAGUGGACAGCAACGUGUACAUAUCAAUCGAGCGCUGUUGCUAAACUUCUUUGAAAGUGCACGGGAUCGACUUUUAGUGCAUGGAGAAGCUCACGUGACGCUCAAGACGCGACCCCCUUACUCCAACUGGUUCAUUGAGGAUCAAGCCAAGAAAGCUGGGUUUGUAAUGAAAGACCGACGGAAGUUUGAUGUUCGCCUAUUUCCUGGCUAUCGUCAUCGUACGACGGACCCACAAGCCAAAACAUUUGAGCCAAAUCUUUGCGUCACAUAUGUAUUUGUCGUUCAUCGGUCUAAAUACCCCUUUCAGAAUAGUCGAGCAGCUUUAACCGCGGCAAGUGCUGAGAUUGCAGCUACUCAAGCGAGUGAGCAGCACGACCUGGCGACUGCAAUUGUCAACAUUGCAAAUGCUCAGGCGGCUCUUAACAAGAACAAGAACGUCAAGACUCGUGGCGUUGCUGUACGUACUGAAGAGCCGACAAUGCCAAGGAAGAGACCUAUCGCCAUUGUGGUCUGUCCCGAAAAACAGGCAACGAAGACUCGACGUAUUGCUCAGGUCACGCCGCACGUUUCGUGGAAACCUUUGCACAGGCAUUUAGGAGGAACCUGUUUCUGGUGA